GGGCUCCCGUUGGCACGGCUCGGCUCGCCACCGCCCUCCUCCGUCCCCGCGAACACGGCGCGACCUCGAUCCAGAUCCAUCCACCUGCACGCGUCGGCGAAAAGCCCCCCUUCCCCUGGACGCCACUGCCGUGGAAUCGGGUCGAUCGCUUCGUUCCUGGGUAAGCAAGCUCUAGCUUCCUCGGACCGACCGCUUGGCCUGUUCCUGUGGAAUUCUUCUUUGCCGCGGUGGGCAGCUGAUUGAGGAGGACAGAACCAUACAGCGAUGUUCUCCUUGUUCUAUGGCCUAUGGAAUCAUGUCUUCAGCAAGACAGAGUUCCAUGUGCUUAUCCUUGGAGUUCAUAAGGCUGGGAAGACGACCUUGCUAGAAAAGUUGAAGUCGAUCUACCUGAAGGGAGAAGGUCUUCCGCAUGAUCGUAUUGUUCCAACAGUUGGUCUUAAUAUUGGGCGUAUUGAAGAUGCAAAUGUGAAGCUUGUCUUCUGGGACCUGGGAGGUCAGCCUGGCCUACGAACAAUAUGGGAGAAAUAUUAUGAGGAGGCACAUGCUGUGAUAUAUGUUAUCGACUCUUCUGCCGCUGCAUCAUUUGAGGAUGCCAAAUCUGCUCUUGAGAAAGUUCUCCACCAUGAAGAUCUGCAAGGAGCACCAAUACUCAUAUUUGCAAACAAGCAGGAUUCACCAGCAGCUGUCUCGGAGGAAGAAUUGGCUAGACAUCUGCAUCUUAAAGAGUUAGAUGAGAGGCCUUGCAUGUUCCAGCCUGGAUCUGCUUUUGAUGGGACAGGGAUCAAACAUGGUGUUGACUGGCUGGUAGAAGAAAUGGAGAGGAGUAAACGCACUGAGUUGCUGAGGAUGCGUACAGAAGCAGCUGGGAAGAUUUAACAGACUCAGGCUAUUACACAUGAUUUUCUACAGUUCAAAGCAUUUGAGGGGGAUGGCUCGUAUGGAUCAAUUGAGCCCCAUGUUCUCAAGUCAGACCCUCUCAAGUCAGACCCCAGAGUGCCCCCAGAAAAGAUUUCUUGGUUGUGCUGCUCUCGCAGUUUUGGAGUUGUAGGAUGACAGAGGUGACUCUUUGAGUUUCUUGACCUGCAUAGCACAUAAAAAUGUGUAUCUAAAGUCGUAGGGAUUCAUGUUCAUAUGAUUGUUGGUUUGGAUCUAUUGAAAGCGACAGAAUGGAGCAUAAAGAUUUGUACAUUCGUCAUGUUCUUCAAAAGAAAGAUGCAUCGUGAUUUCAAUCACGAGAUGUGUUUCCUUGUAAAACAUUCUGUCAUUUCAUUGUACAUUUUCAUAUGAAUCCUAAAGUUUCCUACGAAAUGUUACUUUUGC